AUGGAUAUUCUUAUUGUGAAAGCACAGAAGAUUGAGAGGGAUGACACAUAUUUUGCUCUUCCAAAGCUGAUUGAGAAGCCAGUAAUAAACUACUCCCAACUUGUCUCAUUCCCAAAGUCGUUGUGUUAUCAGUUGAGUGUGUUGAUUUUUCCCGGCAUUACGCUUGUUGUUAGUCCAUUGCUAGCUUUGAUGAUUGAUCAGCUUAAGCAAUUGCCUCCACUCAUUUCUGGUGCUCGAAUUACGCUUGAAGAAUCAUCUGAAACUCUCAGCCAGCUUCGGCAAGGCACAAUAAAGGUGCUUUUUGUUUCACCCGAGCAGUUUUUGAAUAAGGAGUUUUUGUCUGCUAUCUCUGCUGGGUCAGUUGUCUCACUCGUUGUUAUUGACGAAGCACAUUGUAUAUCUGAAUGGUCUCACAAUUUCCGACCUUCAUUCAUGAGACUUAGAGCAUCACUACUUCAUAGAAGUCUUAAUGUAGGUUUUGUUCUCGCAAUGACAGCAACUGCUACAACCACAACCUUAGAUGCCAUCAUGUCUGCCCUAGAUAUUCCUUUUACAAAUCUUAUUCAGAAUGCACACUUAAGGGACAAUUUGCGUUUGUCGGCGUCUUUGAUAAAAAAUAGAAUGAAAGACCUACUGGUUCUGAUAAAGUCUCCUCCUUUUGCGGAUGUUAAAAGCAUCAUAGUAUACUGCAAAUUUCAGUCUGAAACUGAUCAAAUUAGCAGAUACUUGAAUGAUAACAAUAUCUCGGCAAAGAGUUAUCAUAGUGGUAUUUUUGCAAAGGAACGUGGCAACGUACAGGAGUUGUUUGCUUCAAACAAGAUCAGAGUGGUUGUUGCAACUGUGGCAUUUGGUAUGGGACUAGAUAAAAGAGAUGUUGGAGCAGUAAUUCAUUACAGUUUACCUGGAAGUCUGGAAGAGUAUGUACAGGAAAUAGGACGUGCUGGGAGAGAUGGAAGGUUGUCCUACUGUCACCUAUUUUAUGAUGAUGAGAUGUAUUUCAAACUCCGUAGUCUAAUGUACAGUGAAGGAGUAGAUGAAUAUGCAGUGAAUAAAUUUCUGUCUGAAGUGUUUCCUGCUGACAAAAGCUCCUGUGGGAAAAUAUGUUCGUUAAUCAAAGAAUCUGCUUCACGCAGAUUUGACAUGAAGGAAGAGACUUUUGUAACAUCCAGUUGGGAGUUGGCCAUACUGAUAUAUUGA